AUGCAAGAGAAAGAAGGACCCUUGGCGCAACGCGAGGAACUGGAGAAAGAGCAAGGCAUGGUCAGCGUACACAGCGCAGACGCACCAACGUGCGAGCCUCACUCAUCCAUCACAACCUCCGCUAGAACGAGCAUGGAUGACGCUUCAUCGCCAAAACUGAAAACAACUGUGUCCGAGAAUUUUAUCGCCGUCGAGUCUCCAAGUGUUACCACAACGUACAAGGUUACGCUAGCCAUCACUGGAAUGACAUGCAGCUCCUGUGUGUCCGCCAUCACACACGCCGUUCAAGCACACGCGUGGGUCCAAUCAGUCAACAUUAACCUCCUUACAAACAGCGGAGUGGUUGUUUUCACUGGAAGAGCCAAGUGCGACGAGAUUGUAGAGACAAUUGAAGACUGUGGCUUUGAUGUCGAAGUAGAGAAGUUAGAAGAAGUCCAAAAUACGGCACCAGAAACAAAACCAUCCAAACAAAAGACGGAGCGUUGGCGCGCGACUUACUUGCUCGGUGGUCUAACCUGUUCGUCAUGUGUUGGCAACGUGACUCGGGCACUGGAACCGCUUGAUUGGAUUAAGUCAAUCGACGUCAAUCUAGUUUCAAACAGUGCAACCAUCGUUUUUACCGGCAAGGAGCAUCUCUUAGAGAUUGAAGGAAUCAUCGAAGACGUUGGGUAUACGGCCACACUCGACCAUGUUGUCCCAGACAGCACACUGGCAAUCGAAGCAAUCGAGCGAACAGUCACGAUACGCAUCGAUGGUAUGUUUUGCGAACAUUGCCCGCCGAAUAUUAUACAAGGACUCCAGGAAGCCUUCGCAAAUAAGCAUACGUUCAUACUCGAAGACCCCCCUAUAUCCCUCGAAACCCCGAUCCUACACAUUCGAUACGUACCGAACCCCUCUACCUUCACCAUCCGGCAUAUCUUCUCGACUAUUUCCAGCCUAAACCCCGUGUUCAUCCCUUCAGUCUUCCACGCGCCUACAAUCGAGGAACGCGCGCGCCAAAUGCACGCACAAGAACGCAAACGAAUCCUGCUCCGCCUCACACUCUGCGUCAUCAUCGCCAUACCUACAUUCGUUUUUGGCAUCGUCUUCAUGAGCCUAAUCAGCGCCGAGAACCCCCUACGCAAAUACCUCAUGCAAUCCAUGUGGGCAGGCAACGUCACAAGACUAAGCUGGGCCCUCUUCUUUCUCGCAACACCCGUUUAUUUCUUCGCAGCAGACACAUUCCACCGGCGCGCGAUCAAGGAAGUAACAGCGCUGUGGCGGCCGGGAAGUCGAACACCGAUUCUGCAUCGCUUCACAAGAUUCGGAAGCAUGAAUAUGCUCAUCUCGCUCGGCACUACAAUUGCGUACCUUGCAUCGAUUGCAGAACUCAUUAUGGCAGCUACAGGAAUGUCCCACGGUUCAAUGCAUGAUUCGUAUUUCGAUGCUGUCGUCUUUCUGACUAUGUUCUUGCUCAUUGGUCGCUUCUUGGAAGCGUAUAGCAAGGCGAAGACGGGGGAUGCGGUUACGUCGCUGGGGAAAUUGCGUCCUAGUGAAGCUGUCCUUGUGGACGCUGAACAAGGCGAUAUCAAAAUCGCUACCGGCCUACUUGAAAUCGGGGAUGUAGUUCGAGUCCACCAUGGUGCGUCACCGCCGUUUGAUGGCGAGAUUGUAGAGGGAAGUUCAAGCUUUGACGAGUCGAGUUUGACGGGGGAAUCCCGCCCUGUGAAGAAAGUGGAGGGUGAUACAGUGUACUCGGGUACGAUGAACAAGGGAUCUCCUGUUCAGAUUACGAUUACGAGUAUUGAGGGGACGUCGAUGCUGGAUCAGAUUAUCAAUGCUGUACGAGAAGGUCAGUCACGGCGUGCGCCUGUUGAGAGGGCAGCAGAUGUUAUCACUUCGCAUUUUGUACCGUUUGUCAUUGCCGUUGCAAUCACGACUUGGCUGGUGUGGCUCAUUCUCGGUAAGACGGGAGCUAUUCCAAAUGACUGGAAGAAUGAGGGUGCUGGUGGAUGGGAGCUUUGGUCUCUUCGGUUCGCAAUUGCGGUCUUCGUUAUCGCCUGUCCCUGCGGUAUUGGUCUUGCAGCUCCAACUGCGCUCUUCGUCGGAGGUGGUCUAGCUGCAAAGCACGGUAUACUCGUUAGAGGCGGAGGCGAGGCAUUCCAAGAAGCCAGUUCUCUCGACUGUAUUGUUUUCGACAAGACGGGAACCCUUACCCAAGGCGGCGAUCCAGCAGUAACGGACCACCAGCUCUCCGGAGGUCAGAAAGGCUCACUGGUGCUGGGUCUUGUCAAGGCUCUCGAACAAAACAGCAAUCAUCCCAUUGCACGUGCACUUGUCUCUUUUUGCAACAGAGAAGAGCACAUCACGCCGAUAGUGGUCGACAUCGACGAAGUGCCAGGUAAAGGCUUAAAAGGCACUUUCCGAGUCGACGGACAAGACAUCACCGCCAUCGUAGGCAACGAAGCCUUUAUGACCGACCACUCCGUCCCCACCCCCCCCUCGUCCACCACCCUCCUCUCAACCUGGAAAUCCCGCGGCGACUCCAUUGCCCUCGCAGCCCUCUUCAUGCCCUCCUCUUCCCCGCACCCCGCCCGCUCUACCUCCACCUCCUCCAGCGAAACUCUCUCUACCGCCCAAACCGAAACCCUUCCAACCCCAACUUGGCACCUCGCCUGUACCUUCUCCAUCGCCGAUGCCCUCCGCCCCGAAGCCCACAGCGUCAUUGCCGCCCUACAAGCCCGCGGCAUAUCCACCUGGAUGCUCUCUGGCGAUAACCCCACCACCGCCAACGCCGUCGGCGCCCAAGUCGGUAUCCCAGCCUCCAACAUCAUCGCAGGCGUGCUGCCAAAGGAAAAAGCACAGAAAAUAAAGUAUCUCCAGCAGACCCUGCACAAACAACCCAAACGCUCUUCUUUCUUCUUCUCCUUCUUCGGCACAAAGAGAAAUGAGAACAAGAGACAUCAACGCGCAACAAUAGCCAUGGUAGGCGACGGCAUCAAUGACGCCCCCGCCCUCUCCACCGCCGAUUUAUCCAUCGCCAUCGGCUCAGGUUCAGACAUUGCACUGAGCUCUUCAUCUUUCAUCCUGAUAAACAGUCGUCUCACCACUAUUCUCACGCUUCUGGAUCUUUCAAGAGUGGUGUUUCGACGCGUUUAUUUUAAUCUCGGGUGGGCGCUUGUGUAUAAUAUGGUGGCUAUGCCGAUUGCAGCGGGCGUGCUGUAUCCGAUUACUACCGGUGGAGGAGGAGGUGGUGGUGGGAAGGGGGAGAAGAUGGAGAUGCAUGGGGGGAUGGCGAUGGGGCAUACGGGGGAGAAGCAUGUUAAGCUUGAUCCGGUGUGGGCUGCUUUGGCGAUGGCGCUGAGCAGUGUUAGUGUGGUUUGUAGUUCGUUGUUGUUGAGCAGUCGGUUGCCUGGUGUGGGGUUUAGAGUGCGGCGCGAGGAAAGUGUUGGUGGCGAGACAGGUCGAUGA